AUGUUUGGUGUAGUUGGUGUAGUUACAGUAGCUGGUGUACCUAGUGUAGUUGGUGUAGUAUAUGUAGUUGCUGCAGCUGGUGUAGUUAGUGUAGUUGCUGUAGUAUGUGUAGUUGGGGUAGUUAGUGUAAUUGCUGUAGUUGGUGUAGUUGAUGUAGUUGCUGUAGUAUGUGUAGUAUGUGUAGUUGGUGUAGUUGGUAUAGUAUGCGUAGUUGCUGUAGUCGGUGUAGUUGGUGUAGUAUAUGGAGUUGGUGUAGUUGCUGUAGUUGGUGUAGGUGGUGUAGUUACUGUAGUAUGUGUAGUUGGUGUAGUUGGUGCAGUUACUGUAGUUGCUGUAGUUGGUGUACAUAGUGUAGUUUGUGUAGUAAGGUGUAGUUGAUGUAGUUGCUGUAGUUAGUGUGGUUGGUGUAGUAUGUAUAGUUGGUGUAGUAUAUGUAGUUGGUGUAGUAUACGUAGUUGGUGUAGUUGCUGUAGUUGGUGUAGUUAGUGUGCUUGGUGUAGUUGGUGUAGUAUAUGUAAUUGGUGUAGUUACUGUAGUUGCUGUGGUUACUGUAGUCUGUGUAGUUGCUGUAGUUGGUAAAGUUACUGUA